CAUCCGGGUCCCGGGGGUUCCUGCUUGGCGACUCGUCGCCAUUAUCACGGCGCGUUGGUGUUUCUGCGAAACUAUCUUUCUGUUUUAGCCCGUUCUCCUCCUAUCGGAGACCGGCUAUCUCCCUUCAGGGGCUCGGCGUCUCUCCUGGGAAGGAAAGAUAACUGCGGAGCCUCAGGGGUCCAGGCCCCGCCGUGCUGCGCUGUUUAAUCCCGCGUCUCUCGGAGCCCUGUCCCUCUGUCUUUCUCUGACGCCCGACUCUUCGGUUUCUCUCUGUGUGCGCUGUGGUCAAGAUGUCGCCGUGAUGGAGUAUCCGUGUUUGAACGCAAUGAGCCUGGGCCCUGGCCUGAUCCUCCGCUCUCGCACUGCCUCCCUCUCUCCCCUGCCCUUCGCCCCGUUUGAUGCUCGACUGGCCGGAGCUGGCCCACACCAACACCCGCGUCAGGAGCACAGACAUGGAGAAAAACACCAGCAACAACGCCAGCAGCAAGGUCCCGCCCAGAUCCGGUUCGGCCGGACCGGCUUCGGGCGAUUCUAAACCCAAAGCAGACAGCAAGAAUGGCAGCGGACAGAAGCAGCGCUACAGCCGCAAGCGGGAGCCGUCCUUUCCCAAGACAGAGAGUUUCCCCGGCCAGCGCCGCCCCCCCCCACAGAAAGGCAAGGCCUUUGACAAGCGGCCCCCCCAGAGAGGGGGUGGUGGCCGGCAGUAUGGGGGCACAGGAGGGGGACGCAGAGAAGAGGUAGCAGAAGCUCAGCGGGCCGAGUUCAGCCCGGCCCAGUUUGCAGGACCCAAGAAGAUUAGCCUGAACCACCUGCUGAACUUCACCUUUGAGCCGCGGGGCCACAGCGGACAGGGUUCCGAGGGCCACAGCGGCUGGGGCCGCCGCAACAAGUGGGGCCACAAGCACAAGCCCUUCAACAAGGAGCUCUUCCUCCAGGCCAACUGCCAGUUUGUGGUGAUGGAUGAUCAGGACUACACUGCCCACUUCACCGACCCGGACACACUGGUCAACUGGGACUGUGUACAGCAGGUGCGCAUCUACAGCCACGAGGUGCCCUCAUGCCCCAUCUGCCUGUACCCGCCACUCGCCGCCCAGAUAACGCGCUGCGGCCACAUCUUCUGCUGGCCCUGCAUUCUGCACUUCCUGUCCCUGAGUGAGCGCAGCUGGAGCAAGUGCCCCAUCUGCUACGAGGCAGUGCACAGCCGGGAUCUCAAGAGCGUGGUUGCCAUGGAGACACGCCAGUACCUGGUGGGCGACACCAUCACCAUGCAGCUGAUGCGCCGGGAGAAGGGGGUUCUGGUGGCACUGCCCAGCUCACAGUGGGUCAAGGUGGAGGAGCCGAUCCGGCUUGGGGACCAGAGUUUCAGCCUGUACUCCAAGUUGCUGUUGGCCUCUCACGAGCAGGUUCUGCAGCAGGUGGUGUGGGAGGAGAGGACUGCCCUGGAGAAACAGCUGCAGGAAGAGCAGGACCGUGCUGAGGCCUGCUUCAUACAGGCAGCCUUACAGGAGCUGCAGGAGAGGGAGGCAGUGUUAAUGAAGGCAGCCCCAGAAGAUGGGGUCAGCGCUGAGCUCAGUCUGUCUGCCCUGACCCUGAAUGAGCCUCCUUCAUCCCCUGUGCUGGAGUCCCAUUCCUCCACAAGCAGCAGCAAGCCCAUACUGCAGUAUUCCUCUGCCUUCGAUGACGAGGUUGUUGACCUCCCUGACUCUGUGUGUGAGGAGCCUCCCCAGGUCCCCUCAGAGGCCCCUCUGGUCUUGGAACCCGAACCAGAGCUGAAGUCAGUGCCAGAACUGAAAGCAGAACCAGACCUGAAACAGGAACCCUCUGUGCCAGAAUCACCCAGUAAACAGGAGGCCGUGCCCGAAACUACAGGAAACAGACCCUACUACUACUUCUACCAGGCGGAGGACGGCCAGCAGAUGUUCCUGCACCCGGUGAACGUGCGCUGCCUCGUGAGAGAGUACGGCAGCCUGGAGUGCAGCCCCUCUACCAUCACUGCAUCCGUGGUGGAGAUUGACGGGCACACCGUCAGUGAGGAGUUGCGUCGACGCCACCGCUACCUGUCUCACCUGCCCCUCACCUGCGAGUUUAGUAUCUGCGAGCUGGCUCUGCAGCCCCCCCUGCUGUCCAAGGUGACUCUGGACACCUUUGCAGAUGACCUGGAAAAGAGGAGGCGCUUUCGCCAGAAGAAGGCAAGAGACGAGAGGCGGAGAGAGAAACGCAUCGAGAUUGAGGAGAACAAGAAGCAAGGAAAAUACCCGGAAGUGCACAUCGGGCUGGAGAACCUGCAGCAGUUCCCAGCGUUUGGGUUGCCCCCUGCUGACAGCAGCCCUCCAGUGCACUCAGAGUUUCUAUUGCCCCCACCUUCCCCCCUGAGCUCCAGCCCCACAUCUGAUGGUGUGAGUCCAGUGUUUCCCUCCCUGAGGGGCCACAGCCCCCCGGCCUGUGUGGGCAGCUUGGAGGAUGACUCCCACUGCCCUUCUUUUGCGCAGAUGCUGCGUGAUGGCAAGGCCCGGGCAGAAAGCUGGCCCAAGGUCCCCCCGAAGAACGCAGAGGUGCUCCUCGCCCCCCCGGCACCGGACAGUGAUGGGGAGAGCGAUGGUUCGGAUCGGGUCCCAGUGCCCAGCUUCCAGAACUCCUUCAGCCAGGCCUUCGAGGCAGCGCUGCUGCAGCUGGACCAUGGCACCCAGGCCCCAGCCGAGCCCGUCCUGCUUGCAGAGGAGAAGGGUGGCAAGAGGAGGAAGAGGAAGCAGAAGCUCUUGUUCAGCACUUCAAUGGUUCACACUAAAUAGGAGGCGUCACUCAGCACUGGAGCUGCUGCGCUGUCAACCCCCUGCUGCAGACCGUAUUCAGCCCACCAACCUGCCCCCCUGGCUCCUAGCACACCACGCACCCUGGGGUCACACUGAGUAAGCCAGAUUCGGGGGACACAGUCGAAAGCUUAAGACCUGCUUAACUAGAAAUCCUGCAGGACUGUGGCCCCUGGAUCCCAGGUCUGGGGUCCCUGGCUUUAUAUUGGCACCUCUAGUUCCUGAGGGACCUAAUUUGAACCCUCCUAUGGGGAACAGGAAGGCAUCAGUGAGGACCUUUAAAAUACCAGAUUUAGACAAGUGAGAUCAACUAGCAAUUUAGUUUAUCAAGUAUGGAACUGCUCUGCGUCACCUGGGCUUAAGGAUAGUUUCUAAAUUUCAAAAUUCCGGAUAACUUUGGGCCAAAUGUCACUGGGCAAGUCAAGUUAAAGGAGAUCUUGAGGAGGCGCAGAAUCCUGGGGGACCCCUUGCCUCUUGGGGACAGGACUUUGAGACCCCCACUUCUGUUCUUCCUUUGUGUGAGGAGUGGGCCUUGGCCAGUGCAACAAGGACCUGCUUCAUAUCGGAACCUGGGCUGAUAGCUGUGUUCUGUUGGCAGUCAGCAGUCGAGUGCUGGGCCUAGAAUCUGCAGUAAGUGUGAGGGUCAGAUCAUCAUGUGUGCCCCCUGUAAGCAGAGAGCUCUCAGCCUGCUAACUAUGAGCGCCUGCACAGGCCCUUGUGAGCAGUCAUCUCUUCAUGGCCCAGACAGUAAAGUCAGAGAGCCAGGCCACCACUGUGAGCCAGUCAAGCUUGUUAGUGUGGAAACCUCCUUUUACAACAGUAGGCAGCAGCAGCCAAUUGUUUGUCCCUUAAUAAAAUUCUUAAUUGCUUAACCCUUAAGUGAUGUUACUGAGAAACCCAUCUCAAUAAGUUUCAAAAUAACUAAAACAUUGCUGCCACUACUUAUACAGAACAAAGUGUGAACUGCACUCUCCCCAGGUGUGCACUAUGACCUAUGCUACCCACCUGACGGUGUUCUUAUUGCUUACCUGCAACUCUCCAGGUAUGCACUAUGAGCCCCACUACCCACCUGACAGUGUUCUCAUUGCUUACCUGCAGCUCUCCAGGUAUGCACUGUGACCAAUUGUUACCUGUUCACCCAUCUCAGUCUGCUCAUUGCCUACUUUCUCCAGUGCUGCUAAAAUUAUUCAACACUUAGGAAGCUUGAGACUGCAUUUUUGCAAUUGUUUUUUGGGGGCGUUGACAAAAAAAAAGAUAUUUAAAAACAAAGUAUUUUGUGUUGGAUUCCUUGUUUUGUGUUUUUGAAGUGGAAAAAAUGAGGACUUGUUUAGCGAGCCAAGAGACGUCUGUUGAAGUAAUAAAGUUGUGCACAAUCAGGAAA